GCCCCGCUCGCUCCUCAUUGUCUGUGGCCCUGACCGGUGCGCCCUGGUGCCAUAGUGCGGCCCGGAGGGGCAGCCUCUUCUCGUCAUUGCAGUCAGAGCCGCAACUAUAAGAGGCGGUGCCUCCCGCAGUGGCCGCUUCAGCCCAACAGCCAGGGCAGCAAACCAUGCUGCCUGCGGCCCGCCUCCAGAGUUACUAGAGCCAGCCUGCGGACUCUCACAACUGCCCUCAGCGCCGCGUCCAGUCCCACCGUCGCGGGCAGCCACCAAAGCCGCCAGAACUGCAGCCCAGAACCGGCAAGGCCAGGCAGGCCAUGGGGCUCUGGGCGCUGCUGCCCAGCUGGGUUUCUGCUACGUUGCUCCUGGCACUGACCGCCCUGCCCGCAGCCCUGGCCGCCAACAGCAGUGGCCGAUGGUGGGGCAUCGUGAACAUAGCCUCCUCCACCAACCUGCUGACGGAUUCCAAGAGUCUGCAGCUGGUGCUAGAGCCCAGCCUGCAGCUACUGAGCCGCAAGCAGCGGCGACUGAUCCGCCAGAACCCGGGGAUCCUGCACAGCGUGAGUGGAGGGCUGCAGAGCGCAGUGCGGGAGUGCAAGUGGCAAUUCCGGAACCGCCGCUGGAACUGCCCUACGGCUCCCGGGCCCCACCUCUUCGGCAAGAUCGUCAACCGAGGCUGCCGGGAAACAGCAUUUAUCUUCGCAAUCACCUCCGCCGGGGUCACACAUUCGGUGGCGCGCUCCUGCUCCGAGGGUUCCAUUGAGUCUUGCACCUGUGACUACCGGCGGCGCGGCCCUGGGGGCCCCGACUGGCACUGGGGGGGCUGCAGCGACAACAUCGAUUUCGGCCGCCUCUUCGGUCGCGAAUUCGUGGACUCUGGGGAGAAGGGGCGGGACCUGCGCUUCCUCAUGAACCUUCACAACAACGAGGCAGGGCGCACGACCGUGUUCUCCGAGAUGCGCCAGGAGUGCAAAUGCCACGGGAUGUCCGGUUCGUGCACGGUGCGCACGUGUUGGAUGCGACUGCCCACGCUGCGCGCCGUGGGCGACGUGCUGCGCGACCGCUUCGACGGCGCCUCCCGCGUCCUCUACGGCAACCGGGGCAACAACCGCGCUUCGCGGGCGGAGCUGCUGCGCCUGGAGCCCGAAGACCCGGCCCACAAGCCGCCCUCCCCCCACGACCUCGUCUACUUCGAGAAGUCGCCCAACUUCUGCACCUACAGCGGACGCCUGGGCACAGCGGGCACAGCCGGGCGUGCUUGCAACAGCUCGUCUCCCGCUCUGGACGGCUGCGAGCUGCUGUGCUGCGGCCGGGGCCACCGCACGCGCACGCAGCGCGUCACGGAGCGUUGCAACUGCACCUUCCACUGGUGCUGCCACGUCAGCUGCCGCAACUGCACGCACACGCGCGUGCUGCACGAGUGUCUGUGAGGCGCUGCGCCUCCGGGAACGCUUCCCCUGACCAACUCUCUGGCGCUCGAGACCCACCCUAUUCGCCCACCCUGGCACCUCCAGUCACGUUCCCGAGGUUCACAGCGACCCAUCUCUCCCACCUCCUACCUGGGGGCUCCUUAAACCACUUGCCUGAGGCAGUAUGAACCCUUUUGCCAUCCUGAGGGCCCUGCCUCAACCUACCUCCCUCCCUCUUGGUGGGAGACCCCUUGUUGCACGGGCCCCCUACUUGGCCAGGGGGCGAGAGGAGGGCUCCUCUUCUCCUGGGGGAGGGGGGUCCGCUAUGAGCUGUUGCAGUCCCAGCUGGAUUGUGCCAGUGACCUCCCUAUCUCGUUCCUCCUUUUCUUCCGCUCUCCCAGCGUCCCUGCAGGCCCCUUCCAUCCAUUGUCUAGCCAACACACCUGGACGGCGGGGUCUUUCCCCUUCCCUCCUGUAGCUGAAGUCAGAGGAUCCAGGGUGAAAGGGCGGCUGUGAUGACGUGGGAAAUAAGGCCGGAAAACCCAGCAGAAAACCCUCCAUUCCCCUAGUCUCUGUGCGGAGCCACUGAACAGCUGUGAAGCAUGCCUCCUUCAGCCUCCUCCCACUGCUUCCUGCCCUGCCUCCUCAUCAGUGUGUAAAUAAUUUGCACUGAAACGUGGAUACAAAGCCACGAGUUUGGUUAUGUAAAUAAAACUAUUUAUUGUGCCGGGUUCCAGCCUGGCUGGCAGAGACCACCUUCACCCUGACUCCUCUGUUCUGCCUUUAACCUUGUUGUUAUCCAACUUUUUUUUUUCUUUUACUCAGUUUCUCAAAGAUGCUCUUGCCCCACCGGAUCAGUAUUUCCUUCCACUGUAGCUAUUAGUGGC